CAUAAACAUAUCUCGAUAUGCCUCGAAGCAUUCUUCUCUCAAAGCAUUUUCUUCCGCUAUCUGCUGUUGCUCUAGGUCGCUUUGUUAUCAGUUUUGAUGAGCCUCAUCAUGACUUUCAUGAUCCGCUCUGCCCUGCCGGCCCCGAUGUCACUGAGAAAGUCCAAAUUCGCUUCGACAGCAGUCAUCAUUCCAUCAAACAUCAAAAGGGAGCAUCGCAGCUCACUGGCUUUCUCUCCUCAUCGUUUUCAAAGCGUCUCAAAACGUCAAUUCGAAUUAUCGCCGAUGAAGCCAAAACGUACUACCUAAAUAACGCUGGUCAGUGGUUUCGAGACGCUGUUAAAUCUGAAGAAACCCGUAAAUGGAUCGAGAGAACUAUUGACGAAGGGGAGAACAUAUAUGUUGUCGUAGCUUAUCACACGUUGUUAAACGCUCGAAUAGUAGAACAGCGACAGGGGCAAAGCGCUGCUGGCGGAACACUGGCGAUAUCAGUAUCAACAGCCCUGACAGCAUCUGGCGUUGUUGUACCAUUUACCAAUGCGGUGGACCCUGGGUUUGGUGGCUCUCUUGGAGCGUUGCAAAACGAACAAAGACAAUUUAUCGCGCCGGGUGAGCAGAUAUAUGCAAUCCAGUAUCGCAAAGUGCGUUGGAGAUGGUUCUCAAGAGACAAGGUUGAUAAUAUGAGUCUUGCGAAGAAUGCAUGGUGGGAAAGCUACGACAGAUCGAGGUACCUAGAAACCGAUGUUGAAGAUCUGAUUGAGGUGGAACUGGAAGACGAGAUGAAUUUGGAAGGAGAGAAGGAUGAAUGCGCGCUAGAAUCCGGAGAAGUCCUUGUCUCAAUUGUAUAAUUCAUAGCAAUAUAUUUAGGCAAUUAUCUGCCCGUAGUCGACCUACUUUGACUAAUCUGCAC